UCUGAGUACACACGUGGCACGUCGCGGCGCAUGUUGCGGUUGGUUGAUGUCCUGCGGGAUCGUCACAUCGUGGUAGACAUAGACAUAUGCAUGUCGCGACGACAUGCAUAUCUGUAACGAACAGUUGCUCUCUCUCUCUCUCUCUCUCUCCCUCUCUCUCUCUCUCGGAAGACAGACAGACAUAAAACGAUGGCUGUCGCCAUCGUCGAUGUCUUACGAGGUUGGACUUAGACGACAGGCGUCUAUCUCUCUGUCACCUCAGGCAUCAGCGACAGCUACACGCGGUGCACAUGGCGGUGGGGGGAUUGGUGGGAACCCCGUUCCCGUCACGAAUCCUGUACCACCGCCCGCUUCCCCAUCCUCUCCAUCAGCGGCCUCUGGCGUGUUUGGCCAAUCAACGGUGGACACAGCCUUGCAUCAGGCGGAGGGAUGGGGGGACCUUCCGCAAGACCUAAUAGAGCUAAAUGGUGGUUGGGGGGGCGAUCCGACGCGCGGUCCGAUCGGCUGGGCGGCCAUAUCCGCCACGUAUUCGCACUUCCCUGCAUGGACAUUCCCGCCUUCGCCAAACGGUCACCUGCUGUCGCCUCCCACCAGCCACGACGAAGGAGGAGGGGGUGACGAUGGCGACGAUGACGAAGGGGGAUGGCUUGAAGAUGGUGGCGAUGAGGAGGGGGGAGGGGGUGUAGAUGGCGGCGAUGAGGAAGGGCGAGGUGGUGAAGAUGGAGGAGACGAGGAAGGAGGGGAUGGUGGCGUUGGAGGAGCAAUUUUGUAGGCGGUUUAGUUUGUAGGUUGUCGGGAUUUUAAUACUUCAUUUUGUAAAAGAAUAUUAUUUUUUCGGAUUUCGUCUUCAAUAAAGAGUAGUAAAGAGU